AUGUUGCUCAUACAAAUCAUCGCUGUGGCAUUCAUUCAAAACGCCUUCAUAUGUACCGUCAGAGCGUCUUCCACAGAAUGCAAAUGCACGCCGUCUGACCACUGCUGGCCGUCCGACGAUGACUGGUCAACCUUGAAUGACACGCUCUCUGGUCGUCUUAUCCGUGGCGUGCCACCCGCAUCCGUCUGCUAUCAGUCUAGCCCCAACUACAACCCAACUUCUUGCGCACAUGUCGCCUCGCAAUGGACAAAUUCUUCCUUCCACGCUGAGGAUCCCAUCAGCAUAGAUUACCCUAUCUGGGCCAAUAACAGCUGCCCCCCGAUUUUCCCCAACGGCACGAGCGUUACAGGGGAUCCCAAUGCGGGUAAUAGGGGGUGCUCUUUGGGAAGGUAUCCGGUGUAUGUGGUGAACGCGACUGAGGCUUCACAUGUGCAAGCUGCGCUGAAGUUCGCUAAGGAAAGAAAUAUUAGACUUAACGUCAAGAACACCGGGCACAAUUUCCCGGGAAGAAGCACAGCAUUUGGCAGCCUGUCCAUAUGGACGCACCACUUCCGGGGCAUCACGUUUCACGACGACUUCAAACCGGAUUCCUGCUCACUCAACACCACAGGCGAACAGAUGGCGGCAACUAUAGCCGCGGGAGAGCAGGGGUUUACCGUCUACGAAGCCAUGGCGGAACACGGCGCUAUCGCUGUCGGCGGCGCAAAUCCCACUGUUGGCAUAGUUGGCUGGUUCACCGGUGGUGGCCAUGGCUGGCUCUCGAGCACGUACGGCAUGGGCGCUGACAACCUCCUUCAAGCAACAGUCGUGACCCCCGAUGGCGAAGUAGUGGUGAUAAACGCCUGUCUCCAUCCUGAGUUGUUCUUUGCCAUUCGCGGCGGCGGAGGCGGUACUUAUGGCAUAAUCCUGGAAGCGGUAAUGAAGGCAUAUCCAACUCCGCAGACCACCUUCUUCUCUCUGCAGCUUGCGCUGCUGAAUCCCAACGCUACCUCCGAGUACUGGGAUCUCAUGGCAUACAUACACUCCGAGAUGCCAAGAUUGAACGAAGGCGGAAUGCAAGGUUAUUACGGAAUGCUGGGUCCACCCGUCGCUCCAACUUUGGCAAUGUAUGGAGCCUUCUUCCUCUACGACAAACCGAAUGGGACAGUUGAAGCGUUGUUUGCCCCAAUCAAAGACCGGCUUGACCGCGAAUCUGGACUGGUGUUUCAUAAUACGACAGUCCAAUGGGCGCCUACCUUUUUUGACAUGUACAAAGCCGUAAUAAUGCCAGAGUCUGUAGCCACGGGCGGAUCGGCCAUGGGCUCGAGGUUGAUUCCAAAGCAGACAGUCACAGAAGAGGUAGAACACGUGGCGAGGAUGUUUGAGGCCAUUGGGCCGAAACUGGACGUCGACAUACAGGGUUUUGCGGCGAAUCCGGUUCUCUUGGGGCACAUGAUAGCCAACAGCGAUAACAGGGAUCUCGAUAUUGGCCUGAACCCAGCCUGGCGCGAUGCAGUUACACAUCUUAUUGUGAUAGAGGGUUGGAACGAAGGAGCUCCUCGCGAGGAGAUUGACGCUGUAUAUGAGGAUAUCACGCAUAACAAGACGUACACACUGAGGGAGCUGGCGCCAGACUCUGGAGCUUAUUUCAAUGAGUGCGAUCCAUUCGAACCGGAUUGGCAGUUUGCUUUCUUUGGCAAGAACUACCAACGUCUCCGGCAGGUAAAGAAGACUUACGAUCCCGACGGACUGCUCUGGUGUAGGAGCUGUGUCGGAAGCGAGGAAUGGGUCGAGGAAGCUGAUGGCAGCCUCUGUCGGCUCGAGUGGGCUAAUGGAAAGAAUACGGAAUAG